AUGUUGAUGUUGGGCUGGGAAAAUGUUUUUGACAUGUAUGUGUGUGGGAUUGUCUUCAGAUUACUGACUUGCUUUUUCUUUCCAACCAUCCUUCAGAAAAUUGCCCGUUUACCAAGAGGCCCCACACUCACGUUCAAAGUGCACCAAUAUUCCCUGGUGAAAGACGUGGUCUCCUCCUUGAAGAGACACCGGAUGCAUGAGCAACAGUUUUACCAUCAUGCUUUACUAGUGCUGAGUAACUUUGGAGGCGAUGGAAUGCACAUCAAGCUGAUGGCGACUGUGUUCCAGAAUAUGUUCCCAUCGAUCAAUGUCUAUAAGGUCGGGUUGAACACUGUUAAAAGGUGUGUUCUGAUCAAUUACAACUCCAGUACACAGAUGGUCGACAUCAGACACUACUCCAUUAAAGUGAUUCCUGUUGGGAUGAGCCGGGGAGUGAAGAAGCUGCUCCAGGAGAAGUUCCCGAACAUGAGCAGAUUUGAAGAUAUCAGCGAUCUGCUGAUGAAGGGUGCCAAUCUGUCUGAGAGUGAAGCUGAACAGGAUGGCGAACACAACAUAACGGAGCUGCCGCAGGUCUAUGCAGGCCGGGGGAACCUGAAAGCCCAGCAGAGCGCCAUUCGACUCACCGAGAUUGGCCCUCGAUUGUCCCUGGAGCUGGUGAAGAUUCAGGAGGGGAUGUGUGAUGGACAAGUGAUGUAUCAUUCAUUCAUCCAAAAGACAGAGGAGGAACUCCAAGAGAUACUUCAGCAGCGAGAGAAACGACAGAAGCUGAAAGAAGAAAGACGCAAAAAACAAGAAGGAGACAUUCGUCGCAAACAGAGGGAGCGUGAGCUGCACAAGAAAAGAAGUCUGGCUGGAAUGGGGAAGAAUGUUGAGGGUGACAAAGACGAAGAGGAGGUUGAGGACCCAUGCACUGAGGAGAAGGGGAUUCAGAGUGACCAGGAUAACAGUGACUCAGACCGAGAGUAUUAUCGCCAAGAGGUUGGCGUUGAGCCAGAUGACGAUCUAUUUCCAGGAGCUUUGCAGGGAAAAAGGAAGAGGAACAAAUCCCCACAAUUGGUCAGGAAGCAGGCUAAGGGUCCUGAGAAAGCACCCAGCAAGAAGGCCACCAGCUCAGACUCAGGCAGAAGCAAAAAGAGGGAGAUAAAAGGGAGGAAGCACCGACUUAUUGGGACUCACCUGAUCAACUCCAAAUUCAUGGGCUCUACACUCAAGGGUAAAGCUCAUCGAGGCCUGAGUUCUAAGGCCAAAGGUCAACCUCAGAGGAAACGCAAAAUGAAAAGUGUAGCCAGACAACUGAAAAUGGCGGAGGGAGCUAAAACGUGGUCCAAUGGUUCAUUUGCUGACAUCCAGAAGGCAUUGCUGCCUCCAAUAUUUGGCAUUGAGUUCAUCUGCGCUUUUACUGUCAACUCCCUGGCUAUCUGGUUCUUCCUGAGCCGAGUUAGAGUCUGGCACACUGGCAUUAUUUUUGCCUUUACCCUGGCUGUGAAUGACCUGGUGUAUGUCACUACCUUGCCUCUUCUGAUUGUUUAUUACGCCAACGAUAAGGACUGGAUCUUUGGGCAGGCGCUUUGUAAGAUUGAACGGUUCCUGUUCACCUGUAACCUGUACGGGAGCACAUUCCUGAUCACCUCUAUCAGCAUUAACCGUUACCUGGGCAUUGUACAUCCCCUGUUUACCCACAAACACAUCCAGCCCAAACAUGCCAAGGUGGUCAGUCUGCUAGUUUGGGCUCUGUCCAUAACCAUAACCUCACCAACAUUUGUCUUCUCCGAAGUGACAGUGACCAGGAACAGAUCAGAGUGUUUGGGCUCCUCCAGCAAUGAGCAGCUCCCUCAGUAUUUCUCCUACAGCCUGUUCCUUGCAGUCUUUGGCUGUGCCCUGCCAUUUGCAGUGACUUCCUUUUCCUACAUUUGUAUAUUCUGGAAGGUCCACAGCAGCCAAAGUGUGGAAGGUUCAGACAGGAGGCAGGUGGCUCUCCUGGUCUGUGCUGUCAUUGUGUUGUACGUUGUAUCCUUCAUCCCAUUCACCAUCCUGAGAAACGUCAACCUGUACCGUCGGUUACACAGGCUGGACAUAGAAAAAUCCAGGCCUAUAUACACCAUCUACCAGGUCAGCAAGUGCCUGCUCACUCUCUCCAUGUGUGUCCACCCCCUGGUAUAUGCUGCUGUCCUCAAUAAUGUCAGGGAGGUAUGUCAGUGCUGCACGCGGCACCGCGUCAGCACCGAGGAAACGCAGUGCUAACCAGUUCCAGAUCACUAGCCCCCAUGGACCAAUGUGUGCAAUCAUUAUGCUUUCCCCAAAGCCUGCCCACCACCCACAAGUCAGGAGUGUGAUGGAAUACUCCCCACUUGCCUGG